CCACCGCCUCCUGUCUGUCUCUAUCUGUCACACACAAAUUAGUGAAACAGUCCUUUUCAAAUUGGGUCUCUUUGAGUUGAGAGACGCAUGCCAUCCAAUUGGGACCGACACCUACAUGGUAGUUGCAGAUGCCAAUAAGCAGAAUAUACUUUGCUCUGUUCUGCACAAAAAAAAAAAAUCCUCUCCUCUUUUUCCGUCUCUUAAUCUAUAUCAAUCUCUCCUCCUCUUCACCCCUCUCUCUCUCUCUCUCUCUCUCACACGCAAACACACAAUGAUAAUAACCAUGGAAAUUCUUUUUACUCUCUUGACCCUCACGAUCAUUGUCGUUUCUGUUAUUAUAACCUGGGUUAAUAAUGACCUUCGCAAGCUUCAUGACGUUUCCGUAAAAUCGGUGCCUAAACUCGAAGUUGAACCCAAAAUUCGAGUUGGGCUUGUUGAGAAAAUUGAUGACAAUAAAAGCUUAAGCGAAACCGAAGUGCUGGUUCAGGAAAAGUUGGGAAUUCAAGAAUCUGAAGGGUGUGACUGUGAGUCACCGAAGGAGGACGAUAACGGUAGGGAGGUAGUUAAGAUCGUUGAAGUGGGAGAGAGACCUGUCGUAGGAGACACGGUAUUUGAUAAAAGUCCCAGAAAGGAAAAGCUUCGUGAGAUUGAGUUUGACAAGAAUGGAGGUGAUAAGUUAAUUGAGUUAGAGGAUGAUUGGGAAUGGGAAGGGAUCGAGAGGACUGAAUUGGAAAAGGUUUUCGGUGCCGCGGUGGCGUUUGUCGGUUCUGUUGAAAAUGCUGAUCGAGUUUCGAGUCUUGGAAGCAAUUUGAAGAUGCAGUUAUAUGGGCUUCACAAGAUUGCUACACAAGGGCCUUGCCAUGAACCCCAACCAAUGGCAUUGAAGCUCUCUGCUCGCGCAAAAUGGAAUGCUUGGCAACAGCUUGGGAACAUGAGUCCGGAAAUGGCAAUGGAGCUGUACAUCUCCCUUCUCUCGGGAAGCAUUCCUGGGUGGAUGCAAGAUGAUUUUGUUGGAGAUCAUGAACAUGUUUUAGCAGAGGUUGAAGUAUUUAAGAAGCUAGCUUCUGAUUUAAAGAGUUUGCUACCAAUCAAACCAGGUGCUGUAGAUGAAAGGAAAAUGGAGAUAAAGCCUUGUUUUGAGGGAUUGGAUGUAAAUGCAUUUGGGGUCCAAACUACUUAAUUUUGGACAAGGACAUGCACUUGCCAGUUGCUCUUCAUCAGCAGAGUGGCGUCUCCUACAUUCUCACAGCAAGGAUGAGGAGUUCGCUUUGAGGAUUGGAGUCAUUAGGCUGGUUUUUACCUAGUAGAUAUUGCAAUGUUCUGUGGCAAUAAAAAAACUGAACUUGUAUUUAUGGCAUAACGUAUUUUCAGUUCCUGCUUCAGCCUGUUUCAAUGAGUUUACAGUAAAAGUAUAUAUGAUUUUAGGCCUAGGAAUUCUUUUAGUAGAUCUGUUUCCUUGAUUAUGAGGAAAAGGGAAAUUUAGAAUCUUUCAAUCCUCCAUUAAAUUAGGAAACUCAUUUUGUACAGGUAGCUAAGCCAAUAAGAUUUCCAUUGCAUUGUUUAAUUUUUUAA